UCGGACAGCUCGCUGUGCCCCCACGACGGACGCCUUCCUCUCAACCGUCUGAUCAGAUUGGCGCACUUUUUUUUCUUCCCACGGCGCGCCGAGGAGCUGCCAGGGCGGGCGCCCUCUCUACUACCGGCCACGCCACGGAUGUUUGAUGGUGGUAGCACUGAGGGCCGCUGGAACACCGCGAUGCUGCUCCCGAAGGGCGGCGUUAGCUGGAAGGCCGCCAGAGCAAGCCUGCCACCCACGAGGGCGAUAUGGAUGCUGUUGACCAGGACGCGCUUUCUCCUGCUCGUCGCUCUCGCCGGCGCAAUACUAUUACUAUGGCGGUGCGUUCGCAGCUCAGCGUCGGGCAUGCAGAGUUUCUACUGCUGGGGCCCGUCAAAGUCACCGAUGGAGAUGACACCGAACGAGCAAGCGGCUUGGAACGCGCACCUCCGUACACCCGUCCUCUUCAACCACCACGCCCCGGUAGAGGUCAACUCGUCCACUGUCCAACAUGUCGACCUGAACGUCAUCAAGUCCACGACGAAGGCCGUGGAGAACAGAGAACGCGUGCUCAUCCUCACCCCGCUCAAGGAUGCAGCUCCUCACCUACCUCGAUACUUUGAGCUUAUCACCAACCUCACCUACCCCCAUGAUCUCAUCGACCUCGCCUUCCUGGUCAGCGACAGCACCGACGAGACCCUCGCCGUCCUCGCCGCCGAGCUCGAUAGGAUCCAGAAGAGCGGAGGCAGCGUCCCCUUUCGGAGUGCUACGGUGGUCGAGAAGGAUUUUGGCUUCAAGCUGAGUCAGGCGGUUGACGACCGCCACGGCUUCGAAAUCCAGGCGCCGCGGCGCAAGGCCUUGGCCAGGGCCAGGAACUACCUCCUGUCCACGGCCCUCCGGCCCGACCAUUCGUGGGUGUACUGGCGGGACGUGGACAUUGUGGAGUGCCCCGCCGACGUUCUCGAGGACUUCAUCGCCCAUGAUCGGGACAUCCUCGUUCCUAACAUCUGGUUCCACCGGUUCGAGGACGGUCGCGAUAUUGAAGGCAGAUUCGAUUACAACUCUUGGGUCGAGUCGAAUAAGGCUCGUCGGCUUGCCUCGAAGCUGUCAAAGGACGAUAUUUUGGUUGAGGGCUACAAGAAGUACUACGACACGGGCCGAAAACACAUGGCCCUCAUGGGUGACUGGCGGGGCAACAAGCACGAGGAGAUUGAGCUGGACGGCAUCGGCGGCGUCAACAUCAUUGUCAAGGCAGACGUCCACCGAUCGGGAAUUAACUUCCCAUGUUAUGCCUUCGAGAACCAAGCCGAAACAGAAGGCUUCGCGAAGAUGGCCAAGCGGGCGGGCUACGGCGUCUACGGCCUGCCCAACUACGUUGUCUGGCACAUCGACACCGAGGAGAAGGACGACCACAAGUACUAGGAUCGCCUUCUCUCUCUUAUUUAUCCGCCCUCACGACCUUAUUACCGCACGACAGCCGACGAUACAUACUCGAGACAUGGUGAGCUGCAGGCAAUGUGGGCGCCAGGCGUUACAGGGUUCUGCAUAGGGUCUCAUUUUGCCUUGAUGUUUUCAUUGUCGUUCUACCUUUC